GCGGCCGGCAACGUGACCCACCUGGUCGACGGCGGGGACGUCGGCGCGUACCUGGGCAAGAAGCUCGUGGCGAGCUUGGGCCGGGCCGUACGACUCAGGUCGCUGCUGUUUCUGGAGCUCUUCGGAGGCUGUGGCCGCGUCGCGGCCAGCGCACAAGCCAUGGGCUAUGCCGCGCUGAGCCUGGACAUCAAUGCCUCACCGUUGGAGAAUCACUUGACCCCAGCCUUACAGGAUCCUAGGCUGGAUCGCCGGCGGGGUCAUCGCAGGCGUGUGGCUCGGCACACCGUGCAGUACGUGGACCCGCGCGCUGCGAGCCCCGCUGCGAACUGA